AUGAAAAAUCGUAUUUGCUUUUCUUUAUUCUAUUGCCUCUUGAUUUUUCUUCCUUUUUUUCCCAUGGUUAUCUUAACGUCUCUCACAUAUUCAUCAUACAUUUCUUCUUCUUUUUCUAGCAUUUUCUUUCUUUCUUUCUUUCUUUCUUUCUUUCUUUCUUUGAUCACCUUUAUAUUUUACCCAUCCUCCUUCUGGCCUUCCUCUUCUUCUUCUUCGUCUUCUUCUACUACCAUUUUUUCUUUCUUUUUCUACCAUUUUCUUUCUUUCUUUCUUUCUUUCUUUCUUUCUUUCUUUCUUUCUUUCUUUCAUCACCUUUAUAUUUUACCCAUCCCCCUUCUGGCCUUCUUCUUCUUCUUCUUCUUCUUCUUCUACCAUUUUUUCUUUCUUUUUCUACCAUUUUCUUUCUUUCUUUCUUUCUUUCUUUCUUUCUUUCUUUCUUUCUUUCUUUCAUCACCUUUAUAUUUUACCCAUCCCCCUCAUGGCCUUCUUCUUCUUCUUCUUCUUCUACCAUUUUUUCUUUCUUUUUCUACCAUUUUCUUUCUUUUUCUUUUUCUUUCUUUCUUUCUUUCUUUCUUUCUUUCUUUCUUCACCUUUAUAUUUUACCCAUCCCCCCCUUGGCCUUCUUCUUCUUCUUCUUCUUUUACCAUUUUUUCUUUCUUUUUCUACCAUUUUCUUUCUUUCUUUCUUUCUUUUUUUGAUCACCUUUAUAUUUUAGCCAUCCCCCUUCUGGCCUUCUUCUUCUUCUUCGUCUUCUUCUACUACCAUUUUUUCUUUCUUUUUCUACCAUUUUCUUUCUUUCUUUCUUUCUUUCUUUCUUUCUUUCUUUCUUUCUUUCUUUCUUUCUUUCUUUCCAUGAUUAUCUUAAUGUCUUACCCUUGCCUCUUUCUUCUUAAUCAUUCUUUAUCAUUCUAUAUCUUUCUUUCUUUCUUUCUUUCUUUCUUUUCCUUGAGUUUCCAUAUCCCACUUUGUCCUCUUGCAUUUCUUCUUUUUUUCCUACUUUCAUUUCAUACAUUUGUCUUCAACUUCUUUCCAUUUUCCACUUUUCUUUCUUGUUUCUUUUUCUUCUACUUCUUCAUUCAUUCUCUCCGUUUCUCCUUCUGCUUUCUCUUUUUGUUCUCCUCCUUUCAUUCGCCCUGUCUUCCCCCCUCUUUCUCCUCCUCCUUCUUCUUCUUCUUCCUCCGCUUCAUCCUUCUUCUUCGUUCCCUCUGCUUGUUCUUCUUUCUAUUCCUCCUCCUCCUGUUCUUCCUUCUUCUUCAAAUUCAAUUAUAUUUAGAAACAUUUCUUAUUGCUUCUUUCUCGUCUUUUUCCAUCUUUCUAUUUCAUCAGUUUGUUCACACUCCUUCCCCCUCCUUCUCCUCCUUCUUCUUCUUUCACUCUUCCUGUUCUUCCUCCUCCGCCUUUUCCUUCUACUUUAACAUUCAUUUUAUUUUUAUUUUUUUCAAUCUUUCUUUCUCUUAUUUUCUUCUUUUGUUGUUCUUCAAUUUCUUUUUCUUCCUUUCGAUUUAUAAUUUCUUUUUCAUUAGUUUGUUCAUAGUCCUUCCCCUGUUCCCCCUCCCCUUCGUCCUCUUCAUUCUCUUCUUCUUCUUCUUUAACAUUAAUUUCAUUUGUUUUAUUCCCAUUUUCUUUCGCAGGGUUUUAUUUCCUUCAUUAUUCAUUUUCCGCCAUCUUCUUCGUAUCGAUUUUAAGUUUCCUUUCAUUCAAUUUCUUUGUAUUCCUUCUCCUCCUCCUACUUCCCUUAUUCUUGUAACGCUUGUGUGUAUUUCUUCUUCUUCUUCCCUUUCAUAUCACCUCUUCUUCUUCUUCACUUUCUUUAAGAUAAUUUUCAUUUGUUUUUUCCCACAUUUUCUUUCUGAGUGUUUUAUUUCCUUCAUUAUUCAUUUUCCGCCAUCUUCUUCCUAUCAUUCUUAUUUUUCUUUUAUUCAAUUUCUUUGUAUUCAUUCUCCUUCUCCUCCUUCCCUUAUUCUUGUAGCGCUUGUGGGUCAUUCUUGUUCUUGUUCUCUUUUAUACCUCUUGUCGUCGUCGUCGUCGUCGUCGUUGUUGUUGUUGUUCCUGUUCUUCUUCUUCUUCCAAACUACCAUCAACACAAUUGUCCUUUGCAUCUUUUCUUCAUCAUUUAUUCCUUUUCAUUAUUUUUCUUCUCGACGUCGGCAGCAUCGUUCGCUAGUGCAUUGUAUUAUUUGCUUGCCUAUGCCCAUCAAUUGGCUUCGCCCUCUCCGCCUUCAAAUAAUAAUUCGUCUUUGUUUCAAUCUAUCUUAUUUUGUUCCCAUCUAUCUAUCUAUCUAUCUAUCUAUCUCAUUCUGA